UUUAAACUGCUUAUGUUUAAAUGAAUAUAAUCAUUUUCUGUUGUUUCUGUAAUUGCUGCGUAUUUUUAUAGACUAUAGAACAUACAUUAUAUAGAGAUAAAUUAUUGCAACUAAAAUUAUUGCAACUAAAAUGAAUUGAUUUACAUAUUUUUACGUUUUAAUUAGUUUUACCGCAUUGCAUUUUAUGUAUUUAUUCAUUCUGGUGCAUUAAAAAAUAAGGUCGCUUUGUGUGUCGUGCGAGAUAUUUGUGAAUGAAGACGGGGCAGAUGUAAAUGUUCGUGAGCGUGGAGCGCACAUUAAUAACGACCUCCGCCUCGUACGUGACCGCAUCAUCGUCUCAUUCAAAAAACGAAUCCGCAGAGAAGAGCAUCAGAGUGUUGGAAAUAUGAACAGUGGACUCUAAACAACAACAACAACAUCAACAGCAUCAUCUUGGACCAUCGGGAGACAUGCGGACACCACAGCAGCGCUCCUGAAUGAGAAACCCUGCAGUGGGGACAACAACUGAUCCACUUCCACCGAAAGGUCGUAUUUUCUCCUGUGGUGUCUGUGUGGAGCGUGCCACACAUCCACUCCACAACAACGACGGCUUUUGCUUGCAUCUUCCAGUGUUUCUUCUGUCAGCAAGUUCAGCAGAGCUGCAACUCGUCCAGCGCCAGCCCGGAGGAACCCAGCGAGGAGCACCACGACUGUGAGAUGGUGAAAAUGACAAAGUCCAAAACCUUCCAGGCUUACCUGCCCAACUGUCACCGAACCUACAGCUGUAUCCACUGCCGGGCACAUCUCGCCAAUCACGAUGAGCUCAUCUCAAAGUCAUUCCAAGGCAGCCAGGGACGAGCCUACCUCUUUAACUCAGUUGUGAAUGUCGGUUGUGGUCCAGCAGAGGAGAGGGUUCUCCUAACAGGUUUACACGCUGUGGCGGACAUCUACUGUGAAAACUGUAAAACCACUCUGGGCUGGAAAUACGAGCAUGCGUUUGAAAGCAGUCAGAAAUACAAAGAAGGCAAGUUCAUCAUCGAGCUGGCUCAUAUGAUCAAAGAUAACGGCUGGGAGUGACCUUCACCUUCUUCUUCUCCGCUCAGUGACCUUUGGCCUGCUCUGCCGUGGACUUUGUCAAGUGACACCACCACAAACAAACACACGCACACAAACAAGAAAAACCCACGCACACACGCCACCGUCGACACAUCCAGACAUGUCAACUGGGUCAUCACAAAACGCAAAGGCAGAGCGGCGGGAAGCCAAUCCGAGACAUUGACGGGUCACUGAAAGACUCUGUGGGAACUUCUCCGAGAUGUACAUGUCAACACUUUGGGAUCUGAACCUUCUCCCUGCUGGACUCAAGUUUCUGCCCCAUUAACUGGUUUGGGUGUGCUCGGCCCUCCUUGUGCUCCUCGUAAGCCGUUAACAGUAUCCAGAAGACACACUUUUCUUUUUUUUAAUCUCCACUUCACAUCCUCCUCCUCUUUUUGUGAACGAGCAGGAGCUGUGCAGUUUUUAAGUGUGCGUUUUCUUUCUUUUUGGGAUGGGAAUCCUCCUUCCUGGUGGAUUGAUGUUACUGGUUAGCAUUUGACGAAGCCUCCUCUGAAGUCAGGCCUUCACGAUUGGCACCCGUUAGAUUGGGCUAUGUAGCAGUAUAUUUGGGAUGGGGUGGGCGCUCAGCAUUGCAGUGGCAUGGCAUUUAUUUUGGUAUUUAUGAACUCCCGUUUUAACCGUUUUUCGGAUGACUUCACUGUGCAAUUCGUGGGACACUCUGGUACAGCAGUAGCAUCUGACCCCCCCUGCAGGAGCUUUAGUUGUCUCUGGUGCUUUUUUUGUUUAGUGAGAUUACACAAACACACGUCUUUGAGUUGGCAUUUGUGGCAGGAUCCAUUUUGCAACCAUAACCAUAGACGAGAGAAAGACGAGCGACAGCCGUUUGGAUGAGAAACUGAAACUAGUGUCCUCCUCAGAACAAUGUUGUGUUUUCAUCCCCCUUCACGCCAAAUGAUUUUACAAAACUAUUGUUGUUGAUAUUACAAUCAUGUGUUUGUUCAUUGCUAUGUGUGAUUUGUGUGUUAAGCACAUGUUUGACGCAUUAUGUUUAUGGCAUACUUGAAUGCAGUUACUUUGUUUGCACUUUGCAGAGGCCUUGUUCAUGGGUUUAGAGGCAAAAGUCUGUCCAUUUUAUGGCCUUUUUUGUUCAUCGAUAAUAAUGGAAUGAUUGUAUUAGAUGCUUUGAAUGAUUCGCGGGAUCGGGUGGUUGCUGGCUUGAUCAUCUCCCUCUAGUUUCACAGAAAUCUGGCUUUCUUUCGCUACGUCAUCCAUUUUGGAUUCAACAGAAGCAGGUCUCUUUUUAAUUUCUUUUUACAAUCGGAUUCAAAGUGGCGCUAGGUGAUUCUUUUGCUGCUAAUAGAGAUAAAUGCAAUCCAGAGCUUUCACUUUAAACCUUCUGCACUUUACCCGGGCUGUCUGAGAGCAUGCGAGCGGACGCGACUUCCUUUUGUAGCUUUUCUCCACAUCUUUGCCUCUAAGCAGCAUGAAUCUUGUGCCUCUUCAAAAGAUUUAUAUAUAUAUAUAUAUAAAAACGAAAUCUCCCUCUCCUGUGUUGUGCGGCGCAUGACUAUGAGAAUCCAGCACAUCUACUAGAAGCUCGAAAACGACACGAACUUGGAAACGAACCUCACGGAAAAACCUCGAACGUCUAUACCGAUAUAAUCCAGUAUUUUUUUCAUAGUUCUAUGUCAAAGCUAGAGCUGUUCUGAAAUGGCGGUGGUUGUAUUCGGGUUUAAAAGAGGGCGGGGCUGUUAGAGUGGGAGGGGGUGGAGCUUCUUAUAGAGUAGAUUUUUAUUAAGUAUAAAUAAAUAUCUAUCAGAUAAUACCAAUAAAUAUCGAGGUUUUGGGUGGGUGGGAUUGCGGGCAAUAGUAGAAUGAAUGGCGAACCCUCUGUUACAGCGGUCGCCGCCGAAAAAGGUCAGUCAGGUCACGUGACCUUUGAAUCAGUCAAUGCAAACAAAAUAGUUGUAGAAAUAUCUUACUUGAAAGAUGAUACAGAGUUACAGACAAUACCUUGUCCCUCUCUCACACAGUUUUGUACAUAACGUAACAUAUUUAAGGUUUUAUACAUAUUUCUACUGGGUUAGUUUCUCUACUUCCCCGACUUGAAGCACUUUUGUUCACUGUACCUCUGGCUUUAUAUAUAUAUAUAUUUGUGUGUGUGUGAAUGAUGAGAGUGUGUAUGUGCGGAUGCAGGAGUGUGUGUGUGUGUGUGUGUGUGUGUGUGUGUGUGUGUGUGUUCCCUUACUUCCCUCACUUUAUUUGUGCUGUUGUUCACUAGUUCCUCUGUGCUGUUUCCUUUAGCACACUUCUUUUUGAGGUGUUUUGAUGUGUGCUUUUUAGCUUGAUGAUAAUGAGCUUUGUGUACUUUUAGUUCUUUUUUUUCCUCCGUUCUUUAUUAUUAAAGUUGAUUAUCAUUCUUUGAUGGUUUCCUGUCGAGAGCCUAACGUCUGCCGGUUGUGUUUUAGCAUCGUGGUCAGCGGUGAGCUGGAUUCACCUGACGAAAUUUCACAAUAGAAACAUAGACUCAGACUAUUUUACAAACAUUAAAAUCGAAUACAAUGAGUUUUAAAAGCAGAACUAGAUGGAGGCCAGUGUCACACUGUCAGUGCGCACCAAAAAAUAUGACUUCGCUCAACCAAAACAAACUUUGAGUGUUCUUUUUGAAGAGAUAGUUCACUCAAAAUUAAAAUAACCUCAUCAUUUAUUCAUUGUUUUUGUUCACAAAAGAAGAUAUUUUGAAGAAUGCUGGUUGCUUUCAUCCAUCGAUUUUCAAAAUACAUUCAAAAAAUGAGCUUUUUUUGGGACAGCUUAAUUGUUUUAUCCACUAAAAUUAGCCGAUUUGAAUGUUAUUACUUGAUUGAAUGGGCAUUAUCAGCUGAUAGAUAUGGGCCAUUUGGGGUCUUCUGUGCCUACUGGUUGGCUUAGAAGGCUGUUAUCAUCUAUCCACAUGGUUAGUCAGCUAUAGAUCACAUAUGGCUGUGGCCGGAAGUUAACAAGAACUAUUUACAGUAUGUUGUUUAUUAAAUUUCCCAUUAAUUGAAUUUUAUUAACGUCUACCAAUACCUUAACCCUAAACUCAACCGCCACAGUAAUGUAAAAACAGAUCUGGAUCUAGCUGAUUAACCACAAGAAUGUUAUAUUAUUUACUAAAUUUUCCAUUAAUUGUAUCUUAUUAGCAUUUACCCCAACCCUAACCCCAACUAUCACAGUAAUGUACGAACAGAUCUGGAGUCGACUCUAUUAGUAUAGCUGAAUAGCCAUGAGAAUUAGUUAAUACUCUGUAAAUUUCCCAUUUAUUUUAUGUUAUUAACGUCUACCCCAACCCUAAACCCAACUAUCACAGUAAUGUACAAACAGAUCUGGAAUGUUCUCUAUUAGUAUGGCUGAUUAACCAUAAAAAAUUUUACAUUACUUGGUAAAUUUCCCAUUAAUUAUAUCUUAUUAGCAUCUACCUAAACCCAACUGACACAGUAACAUACAAACAGAUCUGGAUCUUGACUCUUCUCUAUUAGUACAGCAGAUUGACCAUGAGAAUUAGUUAUAUUAUUUAUAAAAUUUUCCAUUGGUUGUAUUUUAUUAAUGUUUACCCCUACCCAACCCUCACCGUAACGUUCAAACAGAUCUGUAGACUUCUCUAUUAGUAUUGCUGAUUAACUACAAGAAUUAUUCAUAUUACUUGUUAAAUUUCCCAUUAAUUGUGUUUUAUUAACAUCUACCUAAACCCAACCCUCACAGUAAUGUAAAAGCAGGUCUGGAGUCUUCUCUAUUAGUAUAGCUGAUUACCAUGGGGAUGGAUGAUAACAGCCUUCUGAGCUAACCUGUAUCUAUUAGCUGAUAACGCCUAUUCAAUCGAGUGAUAACAUUAAAAGCAGGUGCUUUGAAUUUGCAAAAACAAUUAGGUUAAUUUAAUCAAUUUGUGUUGGGAUAACAUGAAGGAACAGUGUGGAAUACAGCAUUUUUACGGUAUCGGAAAAAAAUAUGAUGGAAGUCAAUUGGUGGCAGCUCCAACAUUCUUCCAAAUAUCUUCGUUUGUGUUCAACAAGUGAGUAAAUAAUGACAAAAUGUUCAUUUUUAAGUGAGCUAUUGUUUUAUAAUUACUGGGUCAAACCAAAAAAGCAAGUUUGUGGCCUCUCCAAAUACAAAGUGGGCAAUUAUUCAUAUUUGUCUUUGUUUUUUUGUUGAUUUGAGAAUUGUGAUUUGUCUUUUACUGCAACAUAUUGAAGUGUUUCUGAUGUUUUGGCGAUUAGAAAAGAUUGUUUACUUCCCUUUUUUCCUUGUUUCUUUUAGUGACACUGGUUUCAGACCUUUCUAGAGCUGAGAUUCGUCAUUCUAGUUAAAGGCGACAGUGGUAUGCAAAGGAAACGAUUGUAUACGUUUGCUGAGUUAUUUUCUUAGGACUGUUAAAAUAUAAGGUCUAAAGCAUGUUGUAUUUAUAAUGGCUAUAUUAAGUCGUGCCUGGUUUUCUUUCUUUUCUUUUCUUUUUAUUUCUUCAAUGCAAAAAAAAAAGCUUUUUCUUCUUUUUACUUGAUUACAUUGCUUUGCGUUCUGUCCUAGUAAAGAAGAGUCACAUUUGUCUGUUUUCACUGUAUUGUAAACUAUCAGAUAUCAUAAUAAAGCUUAAAUGGUA